CGGGAGUGGCGGGAGAGGGAGAAAGAAACCCUCCGCCUUGGCUACAGCAGAGAGUCCGUCGGCGGAGGUGGAAGGGGCGCGCCUGUGGAGCCUCAGAAGUGGCAGGAAAGGCGAGGCGGCUCCUCCUGCGCCCUUGGGUUGCGCCUGCCUGGCUGCCUUUCUUCCUCCCUUAGCGCGGGCGUCUUUUACCCGCUCUGCCUCUGGCGCGCGGUUCCUUGCUCUGCGGCGCCUUCGAUUCCAAUUCCCCGCCGCUUCUGAAAGAAGAAGCUGAGCUGCCUCGCCGCAGACUCCGCUCGCUCGGCUGCAGCAUGAGCGCCGACUGCACGAGUUACAUGAACGCCGACAAGGUGCUGGUCAGCGCCUUCAGCUGCCCGGGGGAGAACGGCGAGCCCGGCUCCAUCUACUGUUGCGGCUUCCAGGACCUCAAGUAUUGUUGCGAUGAUCCGAACAGCUUCUUCCCCUACGAGCACAACUACAUGUGGUGGCUCAGUGUUGGAGCACUUAUUGGCUUGUCAAUUGCAGCAGUGGUCCUGCUGGCUUUUAUCAUCACUGUGUGCGUUCUUUGUUACUUGUUUAUCAGCACGAAGCCACAAAGCAAACUGGAUAGAGGCCUCAGUUUAAGCUUACAGUCAGCAGGUAAGAGCUCUUCAUUCAGCAGAGAACAUUCAGAUGUUUCCUUAGUAGUUCCAAGAUUCAUCACCACCUGGGUUUUUAAAUUGUUCUGAUAUCAAGCAGUCUCAAAUUUUAGCCUCUCUCUAAAUCAACACUAAGCUCUCCGAGUCUUCCAAAUUCAGAUGGCUCAGGCAACAUUUAUUCCUUCUUGAAGUUCUAGAGGCAAAAAAAAUAUUCAGACAGUAUGUAGCAGGAGAACAAGCAGUCCAUUGGGCAAUAGGACAGUCACUCAGUACAACAGUGAAAAGGAGCAAGCCAAUCACAGGGCUUCAUUUUAUGCUCAUUAGGAAAGGAAGGGAAUGGGCUGUUGUAUAGCUUGUUGGAAAAGAUGCACACCUGGACUGGGAGGACUUAGCAGUUCUCUUAGAUCUUGCCACUAUCAUGUUGGGGAAGACCUUAUCACCAUU